GGGAGGAUAAAUAUACAAAGAAACAGAGAGAGAGAGAGAGAGAGAGAGAGAGAGGAAGACGAAGAAGAAUCCACAGAGGGUUGAGCGGAACAGACACAGAAGGAAAGGUCCAUCCCGCAAAACCCAUAUCAGCAACAGCUUCUCUGAGCGCAAAGAAAGUAAUUUUAUAUACAGAAGGAGAGAAUUUGAGAGAGAGAGAGAGAGAACGAUCUCAGAUUCUUUUGUUUGGAGAAAUUUUCUUGUCUCUCCAGGGAAAGUCUCGUGGUUUGUGGUAUAUUGGACUCUGUGGCAUGAAUUUAUCUGACUAUUAAUUUGAGAAGGAUUCUUGUUUGGUUUCUUUGUUGGAGUUGUAGAUCUUGAGGUAGACAUGGAAACGGAGGAGAGGAAUCAGAGAGCGUGUAAACCCUCAGAGCCUGAGCUCUUCUUACAGUGGGGGAAUAGAAAGCGAGUCAGAUGUGUGAGAGUCAAAGAUCCUGAAAUCUCGGCCAGAUUCAGGAAAAUCACGUAUAGAUUUGCUUCUGAGAAAGAAAGCUCUCAUCUUCAACCCAAUCGCCUGACCAGGAGUUCGGAGUUGGCUACACUGCGGAAAUCGGCGUCGCCGGAGAAGGAGGAAAGGUAUUAUAGCACGAGGGGGUCGGUGGUUAUGGAAGAGAAUGGGAAGGUAUCGGUGGAUGUGAGUAAUAAUGGGAUUGGGGAAGAGAGAGGAUUGGCUUGGCCAAAGCUGUAUAUAAGUUUGUCAAGCAAAGAGAAAGAGGAGGACUUCAUGGCUAUGAAGGGCUGUAAGCCUCCCCAGAGGCCUAAGAAGAGGGCCAAGCUCAUCCAAAGAAGCUUGCUUUUGGUGAGUCCUGGGGCAUGGCUGACUGAUAUGUGCCAAGAGAGAUAUGAGGUUAGAGAGAAGAAGAGUUCAAAGAAGAGAGCAAGAGGAUUGAAGGCCAUGGGGAGUAUGGAAAGCGAUUCAGAAUAACAGAAGCAUUCUAUAUGUAUUGCAAUAGAAGAGGAGGCCCUUCUGCUUUGAAUUUUUUUGGGAAUUCUUUUAUUUUUAGAGCCUGAGCCUGGAGUGUGGGGGUAGAAUAGUCAGCAUCUCAUGGUUUUUGUGUACACAAGUAAAUUCCGAUCUAUUAUUAGAAAAUCACUUUGCUAUUUA